AUGGCUUCCACUUCGACAUCUGGUCGAGGAGAAGAGGAACGCGAUCCAUUCGUGGUGCUUGAACCUCCCAAUAAAAGGAUAAAAUCCUGCUCGACUACAAAGCAGUAUGAUGUAUUCAUCAACCAUCGAGGCCCAGACGUCAAAACAACUCUGGCUCAGCAGCUCUACGAUGCUCUACAGCAAGCUGGGAUCCGGGCAUAUCUAGAUGCUCCAGAAACUGAGCUGGGCGAUUAUUUUCCUUCUGCUAUAAAGAAUGCUAUAUCCUCUGCCGCAGUGCACAUAGCCAUCUUAUCACCGCAAUAUGCAGAGUCUCCUUGGUGUUUAGCUGAGCUUGCUUUGAUGUCCCAAACCAAGGCUAGAAUUAUUCCACUCUUCUACCAUGUUGACCCUUCGGACUUCCGCUACAUCAAAAAUAGAGUUGCAGAAGCAUUUUCCAAACACGAAGAGAAGGGCAGAUAUCCUAGUCAUGACAUUCAACAGUGGAAGGAAUGCCUGCAGAACGUUUCAUGGCUCAAGGGCCACGAACUCAACGGACACAAUGAUGAUCUGAGUAAGCUGUGUAAUGAUGUUGUCUCCGCUGUCGUUAAACAGAAGCAAAAGAGAAAGAUUCCUUUCCAAGUUGCAAAAUAUGCUGUGGGACUUGAUGAGCUUGUGAAAGAUUUUCACAGCAUUUGCCAGAGAAAUGGGCAGAUGAGAGAUAAAAUAAUUGGUAUUUUUGGAAUGGGAGGGUCCGGCAAAACCACUCUCGCCAAAUACUUGUUCAAUAGCAAACAUUCAGAAUUUAGUGGAUCAACUACUCUGUUUGAUGUGCGGGACAAACAUGUCAAAGGUGAGUUGACUUCUCUACAAAGUAAGCUUCUAAAAGAUCUGUUUCCUAGAAAUGAUCGUUCAUUUUCUAGUAUAGAAGAAGGGACCGCCUAUAUCAAGCAUGACCUUCAAGGGAGCCGUGAAUCAAGGUUCCUUAUAGUUAUAGAUGAUGUUGAUCAUCAAAAGCAGUUAGAUGCCCUAUUUCCCCUAGAUGUCCUCAAUCCCAACAGUUUAGUGAUUGUCACAACCCGUGAAGAGAGGCUUCUUAUAAAGGUCGGAGUGACAGUCCGUUAUAAGAUGAAAGUGAUGAAUCCAGAGCAUAGCAAAGAGCUCUUCUGCUGGCAUGCGCUCCAUAGACAAUCUUGUAAAAGUAGUUUUGAGAAUUUGGUAGACAACUUUGUCCAAGCAUGCAGAGGUUUGCCUCUUGCUCUUCAAGUAAUGGGUGCGCAUGUUUUUGGAAGUGGCAUGGCUUAUUGGAAAUCACAAUUAGGUGAGGUUGAGGCAAGACUAGACAAGGACAUAAAAGAUACGCUUAAAAUAAGCUACGAUCCUCUGGAAGAGGAUCAAAAACAGAUCUUUAUGGAUGUAGCAUGCUUUUUCAUAGGAGAAGAAGUGAGCAAGGCCAUAAGUAUAUGGAAAGCUUCAGGGUGGAGAGCCGAACAUGCACUUCAGACCCUCAAAGACAAGUGCCUUGUUGACGUGCAAAUUCGUUAUAUUAUGAUGUCUCCUGGUACAUCAUGCCAUUAUGAACCAACAUUGGUUUUGAAAAUGCAUGACCACCUCCGCGACUUGGGGAGGGAAAUGGCAGAUAAAGAAAUGAGCCAGCCAACAGAUAAUCAAAUGAGGCAUCCUCAUCGGCUGUGGCGUCCUGAAGAUUGUAUUGGAAUCAACAAAAUCAAGGAAUUGCAAGACACCCUCACUGAGUCCGAAAGAAAAAGUUUCAGAUGUUACAAUUAUCUCGAUAUUGAUGAUCUUGGUCUAAGAUAUUUUUUUGGGAGUACAAAGACAUCAAGUGAUUUACAAUUGCUUCAGCUUGAAAAUAAUGAAGAUGAGCCUUUUAUUCCUGAACGGAUUCCUCUCCAAAAUUUGCACACUUUAAUUCUUGAAGAAGUAUCACAUGAGAGAUUGUGGCAAAUGGAUGACCAGGUUCUACUCAAGUUGAAAGAGCUGUCUUGCAGUUUUGGGAAAUUAGAUUUGUUAGAGCUUGAAGAUAUUUUAAUGAGUGAUUUAAACAAACUAAUCAGUUCGUUUAGAAUGUUACAAAGUCUGGAAAGUCUGAACAUUGAGUUUGGAAUUAACUUCGACGACUUCAAUAUUGAAUGGAAUUGCUUGCUAAAAUCUGUAAGAGAACUCACCCAUCUACAAAAUUUAAGGUUGAGACGCUGUAUUGUAGAAGGGAAAUUUUCUUUAAGCAACAGCCGCUGUCGGAGGCUAUGGGAUAUAUCAGCUAUUGAAAGAUUGAAGGGUUUGAAGAGGAUCUGGAUCGCUCAUUGUCCAGAGCUAAAGAGUAUAAAAGCUGUCGAGCAAUUGAAGGGAUUGAAGACAAUCUGGAUUCAGGACUGUCGACGGCUUCAGGGUGUAAUUUGUUUUAAGGAACUGAAGGAGUUGAUGAGAAUCUUCAUUGGGAAUUGUGCAAGGCUGAAAAAUAUUGAGGGCAUUGAAUUUUUAAUACGCUUGGAGAGCAUUAUCAUUGCUCAAUGUCCGCAGCUGGAGAAUAUAAGAGGCAUCGAAGAAUUGAAAGGAUUGAAGGAGAUGAUUAUUUCAGAUAGUCCUAUGAUAAGUUGCAUUGAAAGGUUGCAGAGAUUGCCGUCGGAGCUUAAAACUAUAGUGGGGAGAUCGGCUGAAGAUUUUAAUGCAGAUACAAUUGGCGACACAUUAUCUAUGGUGCAAAAUGAGCACUGUGAAAUAGAUUGGAAGGGAAAUUCGAAUCAUUUUUUGGUACGGAGCAAACAAGUAGAGGAGAUGAUCUAUUCGUUUCAUAAAACCCAUCAUUUGUUCAGUACAUUCAUCUUUUGUGCUGCGGUUUGGAAGUCUCCUGAGAUAGGGGGCGACAUUUUAAAUGGGACAAGGAUUGAGCUCGAAAACACUAAUGACCUAAGACAUAUAAAUCUCUUCAGGGGAGGUACAGAUUGGAUAUAUACGUGCGUGGUUAAUGAGGAAAGGUUCUUAAAAUAUGACUCCUGGAUGCCCAAAUCUCAUGAUAUAAAGAGAGCAUUUUUAAUGGGAGUGAAGGCAGACGAAGGAAGGAAAGCUGUCCACAUAUUGCAAAGCUUAUUUGCUCAACUCUGCAUUCGCAAUAGCGAAUAUUCUGAAGAAGAUCUGCUGCGCUAUAGGCUUCUUGACCCUCAUGAUUUUAAGGAGUUUAAGUGUGUGAGUGACUGCUAUGAGUAUGGUUUCUUUGGUUAUGAUGAUUUCGCUGACUAUGUUGAUGACAAUGCAGAAUAUAAUGGUGGCGAUGAUGAGGAUCAUCGUUAUAAUGAUAAUGUAAUUGAGAUUUAA